AUGCUUUCUAAAUCAUCAACUUACCAGCCAUUGAAAAGAUCAAUUUUUGCUGCUGCUCAAACGCGUCGCCAUUUCAGCAACUCAUGUAUCUUGACACAACCUCAAUACCAACAACAGCUGCCCUUUACUGAAGGAAGUCAAGCCAAUUACAAUUAUAGCUAUCUUCGCCAUUUCCAACUGAGACAUAAUGCACCAGAUGCAAAUAAAAGCAGCAUUGACAUUAAUUACUCAGCAUCUAUGUUUGGACUCAACUCAAGUAUAACAACUGGUAUUACAUCAAAUGAAGUAGAGGAGUCAUGGAGGUAUGCCGAUUUGGUUCAUCCGCACGUUGCUGAAUUUGCCGAUUUGUUUUAA